CUGCCUCUCCUGUCCUUGUUCCUUCGUUUCCUCCUCCCCUUCCCGCUAAGACUUUCCCCUCCAGAACCCGCCCCGUCUGCUUUCUCUGUCUCCCAUCGCGGCUGUGUCCUGCGCUUCCCUUGUGUCUGCACAGUGGCCUCGGCCUCUCCAUCUCUCUCUCAUUGUGCGUCCUGGUGUCUCCCCGUGUCUGAGUUUCCAUCUGGGGCGCUCACAUCUCUCUCUGAUUCACCCGCACACACCGCGCCCCCCAACCCCCGGGGCCUGUCGGGCCACCGCACACCAUACUGCCGGUCUCUGGGUCCCUGAGACCCUUUAACCUGUGAGGACGUCCAGGAUCACAGGUGAGGUUCUUGGGAGCCUGGCAUCCGGCCCAACCACAGUCUGAAGGUUGCAGGCCCGACACCUGACCCCUGACCCCUCUCUCCUUCCUCCCUGCAACCCCAAGCCUGACAUUUGACCCGCAAAAGAAAUCGGGCCUCUGACCUCAGACCACAGGCCCCUCCCCUGUCCCACAGUGACCUCACAAAGGUCACCGGCUUCUUCCCAGGCCGGGCCCCCUCUGCGAUGGCCCAGCUGGCUGCAGGCAGCGCUGUGCCCUGCGCCCUGGUGGCCCUCACGGUCUUCGGGGCCCCCGCCUGGGCCUGUCUCCUGUGCUUCACAUCCUACAGCGAGCGCAUCCGCAUCUGCCAGACCUUCGUGGGGGUGGCGGGCCCGAAAGUGGAGAAGUGUGAGAAGGCGCUGGAGGCUGCCUUUGAGGGCCUUCUGGACACUGAAAUCAAUUACGAUGAGAGAAGCCACCUGCAUGACUCCUUCACCCAGAUGACUCUCUCCCUCCAAGAGAUAGCCACCGCUCAGGGGUCCUAUGAGGUUGCCUUCCCUUACGCUGCAGAGAAAAUGCGGGAGGCCAUUGCGCAGCUUAAAGAAGUUCAGGCCUGCAUCCCUCCCUGCGGGGUGCAGGAGCUGUCCCGGCGUUUCCGCUGCCGCGGGUGCUACUCCAAGGUCUGCGACCUGCCGCUGGACUGCCCAGUUCAGGACGUGACGGUGAGACGGGGCGAUCAGGCCAUGUUCUCCUGCACCGUGAACUUCCAGCUGCCCAAGGAGGAGAUCACCUAUUCCUGGAAGUUCGCAGAAGGGGGUGUGCGGACUCAGGACACGUCCUACUUCCGAGAUAUGCCGCGGGCGCACGGGUACCUGGCGCGGAUCCGGCCAGUGCAGCCCACGCACCGCGGGACCUUCUCCUGCGUGAUCACGCACGACCAGCUCCCCCUGGCGCGACUCUACUUCUUUCUGAACGUGACGGGCCCUCCCCCGCGCGGGGAGACCGAGCUCCAGGUCGCCUUUCGGGAAGUGCUUCGCUGGGCGCCGCGAGAGGCGGAGGGGGUCGAGCCCUGGAGGCCCAGCCUGGGCGAGCUGCUGGCCAAGCCGGAGGCUCUGACGCUCAGCAACCUGGGCCUGCUCGCGGCCGCCGCAGCCUUAGCCUCAGCCGGUGUGACCCUGCUGGCGUGGAUGUUCUUUCGAUGGUACUUCAGUGGCAACUAACAAAGGUAUCUUUCUGUUCCCUAUCCUGUUUCCAUCCCUUAAAUAAAGAAUAUAUUUGAACGCUA